AUGGUCGCGCCGAGCGGUGCGCCCGAGGCGCGGGGCCCGCCGGAGGGCCCGCUGUGUGCCGGCCACCGCCCCGUGGCAGACGCCCCGGCUGGCCUGGUGCGGCUGCUCCCCGAGCUGCAGCGCAAGACGGCCCGCCUGCGGGCGGCGCUCGGCUCGGCUAUCAACCGCAAGGAGCCGCCCCCGCAGGCCGAGCGCACGACCGGGCAGGUCAGGCUCCCGCGGGUGCGCUCGGCGCCGCGGCUGCCACAGUUGCCGAAGGGUGGCGCGAGCGGAGAAGGCGACGAGGGCUCGGCGAGGUCCGAGGACGCCGGCCAGGGUCUCCCCGGGCAGCAGCUCCCGCUCGAGACGCUGCACCAUCCAGCCCACCUGCGCUCGCCCGUGGGCGGGUCCCCACAGCUACCACGUCUGCGGGAGGAGGGCUCGCCCAGCGAGGAGGAGGACCCCACAAGGGUACGACGUCCAUGCCUGGUCGAUGGCAGGUGCCGCGCCUCCGAGUGGACGCAGCAGGAGUUGCCCACGCUGUGGGAGGCCCUUUCAGACGACGAGAAGGACUCGCCAGGAGGGCCCAGGGGCGCUAGUGGCGAGCUCUCCAGGCAAGCGACGGAGCGGACCUGGCAUCCCACGAAGCAGGCCGCACUCGUGGGCUCGCGCUCGGCGCCAAAGCUUGCACUGCGGCCGGGCGGCUCGGGCAAGAAGGGAGAGAGCGCGACGGCGGAUCUCCUGGCGGGGCCUUGGGACGCUGGCCAGGACCCCACCCUGCAAGGGCCCCAGAUCGGGUCACAGUCCCCGUGGACCGCUGGUUUCGCGUUAACGCCCGAGGUCUGGAGCGGCACCGAGCCCUUCGCGAUCCAGCCGGAUAGUCCGGCGCCGCCGCAGGAGCUGAGCAAGUCGCCAGGGCCAGAGCAGCCUAUUUUGCGGCGCGCCCCCUGCGCGCAGGCGUGGCCGGAGGAGGACCACGACAAUGCGCAGCAAGUCGCAUGUCUGGACGUCCCUGCGGCGCUGGAGCCCCAGGCACAGAUGAGCGCGGCGCCGCCGAGGCCAGGGACCGUCGGCCGUGCGCCGUCCGAGCAGCGGCGAGCGCAUGGGCAGCCCGACCAGCCGGCCCCGCCGUGCCAGUUGGCGCAGCCGGCCCACGAGCCUCCCAGGCUGCCCACCCUGCGGAGCGCCAGCCGCGGCGCGGCCGGCCGCUCUGCACCGACGGGCCCGGGAGCGGUGGCGCCCCCGCCGCGGGACCACCGCCGCCCGGGCGCGCAGGCGGCGGCCCACGGCUGGCAGCAGAUGGGGCUGCAGGACGGCGCCACGCUCUGGUGCUCCGCCCCGCCCUCCACGCAGUGCUGGCACGUCCUGGACUGCGACUUCGUGAGCAUGAGCGCGGCGGCCGCGCGCGGGCAGCGCUCGGAGCCCCCGCGCGCACGAGAGCACGCCGGCGCCACGGCGUCGCCCGGCCUGUCCAGGCACUCGUUUCCGCGUGGCCGUGCGGUCGCUUGA